ACAAACUACAACUUUAAACAGAAUAUCAAGUUUAUUCUUAGAACCAACCGUAUUUGUGCAAUACCCACAGAUACAACAUAUGAAAGGGCAUCCAGUUGGUGCGAAGAAUAAAUCGUCUACCCAAAGAGAUCUCUCUAGCUUUAAAUUGAUUGAAACAGAAAGACUUACUAAUAAAUGUAGUCUAUGUCAAAAAACCGGACAUAAUAGUAGAACAUGUGAACAGAAUAAUCGUGAAAAAUAUAUGAAUUCCU